CGUUAGACCCCACAUUUCCCUUAAUCAUUUGUUAUGGUUAUGAAAGUACGUUUCGUAAACAGAGGCAGAUGGCCUGAUGAACUUACGGUUGUUUUACCGAAGCUCGGUUGAUUUGCAUGUAAACGUACACGCAUUCUCGUACAGUAUUCCUUUGUAAUACCACACGAAAUGAGAAGGCUUAUGAAUACUUUGGUCCAACCCCCAUUAACGUUAGGUGACGUCCCCUCUCUCGGCAUUGAUCCCAAACAAACCUAAUGAAACUUCCCUCUGGCUACUAGCAGCGCCAUUGAUUUGACGAUAAUGGCUUACUAAAGACGGAUGAUUGUUGAGCCAGCCAGCAUUUUGGAUCAGGCUCCUCUCCACAAUUAGACGAAGCCAUCGCUCUGACCAGUGUUGUCAGUUGGUGGCCAUUGGUGUGGUUGGUGGCCAUCGAGGAGACACAGAUACUACUCUCAGGCGAAAACUUCCAUUUGCUGGAGCAGAAGCCAGACCAGAGACAUUUUGGACUUAAGGCAGAGGUACAUCGGAACUGUAGGGCAGGAACCAGCAUUGUGGACAGUUACUCCAAGAACUUAUUGAAAACUCAGUACUACAUGAAGAGACAAUCUUAACUUCUUCGGUAGUGAGAUUCUAUUUUUCUUCCAAAAAAGAUAUCAGUUAACAGGGAGGCUUAGAUUUCUUCUGUCAUCAAGACGAGGGGAGAAAUCGAAAAGGAAAAACAAAUAUAAACUACUGUUUGGUGUCCAGAUCCAGCAGCAAUGGGAAAGGGUGCGCAGGGAGAAGCAAACGGCUCUGUGGACGUGAGUCGUCCUCUGAAGGAGUUCACUUGGGAUGAGGUGCGUGAGAAGACUACCAAGGAGUGCCGCUGGCUGGUCAUUGAUGGCGAAGUCUACAACAUCACCUCGUGGGCACGCCGCCAUCCUGGUGGCACCAAGGUCAUUGGGCAUUAUGCUGGCCAGGAUGCCACGGAUGCCUUUAAGGCUUUCCACAAUGACUUGAACUUCGUCAAAAAGUACAUGAAGGCCAUCCACAUUGGCACUCUGAAAGAGACCCAGAAGGAAGUGAAGCCUAUUGAGGAAGACUUCCGGCAGCUGAGACAGACAGCUGAGAAAAUGGGCCUGUUCAAGCCCAGCGUUUUAUUCUUCACUCUGAGUAUGUUGCACAUCCUGUUCCUGGACUGGGCAGCCUGGGCUGUCAUGUACUACUUUGGCACUGGAUGGGUACCCUAUCUCCUCUCUCUCAUUUUUAUCACCACAGUUGAGGCUCAAGUGGGCUACAUACAACAUGAUUUCGGGCAUUUGUCCGUAUUCAAACGAUCCAAAUGGAAUCAUGCCCUUCACUAUUUUUCUCUCGGAUUCAUCAAGGGUGCCUCUCCAGCUUGGUGGAACCACAUGCACUACCAGCAUCACGCCAAGCCAAAUGUGAUGGACAAGGACCCUGAUGUGCGUCUUGAUGCUCUGUUUGUGGUGGGUGAGCAUAUGCCCGUGGAGGUUGCCAAGAACAGGAAGAAGAGCAUGCCCUACAACUGGCAGAACUACUAUUUCUUCUUGUUGGGACCACCUCUGCUGUUCCCGGUGUAUUUCCAGAUUAUGCUGUUUAAGUUCAUUUACAGCAGGAAGGCAUAUUUGGAUCUACUGAUGGUUAUCAUCUUCUUUAUCAAGUUUUUCUACCUGUUUGUUCCUCUCUUGGGCGUCGGUGGUUCCCUCAUCUACUACUUCAGCUUCAGAUGUCUGGAGAGCCAUUGGUUCACCUGGGUGGCCCAGUCCAACCACAUUCCCAUGGAGAUCAACCACGACGAGGGCCUGCCCUGGCUCCAGCUGCAACUGCAGGCCACCUGCAACGUGAGCAAGAGCGUCUUCAACGACUGGUUCACCGGCCACCUCAACUUCCAGAUUGAGCAUCAUCUGUUCCCCACCAUGCCCCGACACAACCUGUACAAGAUUGCUCCUCUGGUGAAGUCUCUGUGUGAGAAACACAAUGUCUCCUACGUGGUGAAGCCGCUGAGCACAGCCUUUGCCGAUAUUGUCAGGUCUCUCAAGCACUCUGGGGAGCUGUGGUACUCCACCUACCAGGCCUUCCAUGCCUCCUCCUCCUGAAUACAUACCGGGAGACUGCAGACCAGCAUGUAGCUUUUUUUUUUUUACCGAAUUUAUAUUUUCUAAACUGACCAUCAAUUAAAAUUUGCAAAUGGUUUAUUGUACUUAGCUCAUUAUGACAAGCUGAGCUCCGACCAUGACUUGUUGUUUAGUGUUAGUGCUGUGCCAUCUAAUUUUCUUGGGACAGGUGCUAGUAAUAGCACAUGCGUUUGCUUAAAUGUUUAGGUUUUUUUUAUACGUCUAGGUUUGGCUGAAAUGAGUAAAAUGGCACAUGUACUGAAGUUGAUCCAUCUCAACUGUUUGCCAAGUUGUGACAACUUCAUCCAGUUGUUCUUGGUUCAGAGCCCCGACUCUUGAAGAUCGCUUUGUCAAUGUCUUACUUUGGGGACGCUAGUUCUGUGGAGUCAACAGUUCCAGAAAUUAUAUUUUUCAUCUAACAUUCUGAAAAAGAAUGAAUGUUGCAGCUGUACUCACGAGCAGAACUAUUGACUGAACUGUUGUCAGCUCAACAAAGGAAAUCUGUGGUUGAAUAUUUAGAACUGAUUCAGUAUAUCUUGUCAACAACAAAAAAUCGUGUUGUAAAGGAAAAUGCGUUUGGUUUUACAGGUGCAGUGGAAAAUUCGAGUAAUGUUAUGAUAUCUUGUCGAUAAUAGAAACUGUCCAAAUAUCUCAAAUUUUGUCAUUGUUGAUAGUUCUGUGUGCUUUUCAAACGUGAAGUGUGUUUUAUAUUGGUUAUUGUUAAUAAAAAUUUCAAAUUGUAGAAGUUCAAUGAUCUCUAGUUGACUCUUUAAGUUUGUUGGAGUGAUUUGAAGCCAGGUGUUUUCUAAAGUAUGAAUGCUUUUCUUUUCAGUUUAUUACUUUUGGGUUGCUGUAAAAGUGAACAGCAUUAAUACAGAAGUUUUUUUACUCUCCUGUAACAUUUGUUGCCCAGGCUGUCACUAAAUCUAUGUUUUUUGCCUUCUGUUUGGAGACAAAUUUACAAAUGGAAGAAAAAUGAGUACUCUGUUUUCACCAGAGUUUUAAAUUUUGAUAUUCUUGUACAAAAAUGAUGUUGACGUUAGUAGAUCUAGUACUCUGUUUGCGCUCUGUAGAAUUUUUGUCACUCUUGAACAUACUGAGUGGUGGAUGUUUUUCUCUCACCAGCCGCUGGAAAGUAAUAGUAAUAGAAUCACAGGGUAAGAGGAGGAGGUCUGACUUCUGUUUCUGAUGGACAGACUUUAGGCAGUGGGUCUCCUUCCUGAUUGUAAAGUACGUUUGCAUUCCUGAUGAUCUUGCUCAGAAUCAACACCUUUAAAAAUAAUCACAGUCUUUGGGUGUGUAUCUGACAAGAAUUUACAUUUUUUCUGGAGUGUAGUUGAAGAUCUCUGCUUCUUGUUUCAAUUCAUGCGGGUACAACACCAUCAGAGCAAAAGAGUAGUCAUGUUGGUUUUUUUAAAAUAAAGUGUUGAGUAUGCUUUCUUGAGAAUGGUAAACUGACCCAGUGAUGGGAAUGGGCCAGUAUUCUAUUUACUUGUGCGAAUAAACAUCUUCUCCCAAGGACGUGUCCUCCUGUUAGGAUUGUGCUUUUGUUCCCAUGUUCCAGUUGUUGAUCAUUGUUGAUGUAAAUAUUGUUUUCCUUCCCUCCUCAUAUUUGUGUGGUCAAGAGGGUUGUGCUGACACCCUUCAGAUUUUCACAGAAUCUUAGUUUUGCUUACUUGUUGCCAAGAAAACUGUUGCUUGUUGUCUUGUUGGUUUUUUCCCUUUUGUAAAAUUGAUUUGACUAAAAUUGGAUUGGCGUUGGGUAUUUCUUCUUUGAUAUUUGCUGUGUUUUGUUCUUUGUUGUGUGCAGUUAGUCCCUGUUAAACUUGGUCAUGCUGUUCUCAUUUGCUUCCGUACACAAACCCAAGAUAAUUGUUACUCUUUUAAGGAGGCAGAAAAAUCAAUCUCAACUCCAUUUGAGAGUAGAACGCCUUUGACCCCAUUCAGACUUUUAAGUGAUAGAAUAUUGAAAUAUUGAGUUGUUUUUUGGGGGGGUAUUGAAUAACUCUUGUAUGAGUUACUGCGUGACAUUUUAAGAAAGCUGCACUAUUCAUCUUUGAAAAUAAAAUUGUUUGUCAAAUACUUUUGAUGCCGUUGAUAUUGUCUUGGAGGUUGUAGAAUGAACACAGUUUUGCUGUGAAUUUGAAGAUGGAGCUGGCUUUUAGUUUUCCAGCGCUAUACUUUUUUCCCAAUAAAUAAACUGUUACUCGUUAUGUUUUUCUCUUAUUCCAGUGCUGUGGACUCUGAAAAUGGUUAUGUGUAUUGGAGAGGGGAAGGGGAGGUUUGUUUUGCUUUUUACUCCCAUCUUGUCCAUCUAUGUACUGGUAUGUUAAAAAAGUCUCUGAGUUGAAGGGAGAAAUAGUGUAUUCAAGUUUCUUGACUCGUCACUGCCGUACAAACUUCGGGCUCAAAGAUGGACUAGUAAUAGAAAAAACAGUUUUGAUCAUGAUAGGCUCUGAGAAUAUUUGUGCUUUGAGCUACAUUCUGGGCUACUCCUUAAAAUUACAACUCUCAGUCCUCUGUCUUCAUAUUUGCCAACCUAUGCAUUCAUUAUUCAUUUUUGUUGGGGAAAAAAGCACUUUACCAAGUGAUUAAGAGACACUGAGCCCGACUUGGCAUAUCUGGAUCCAUUGCGGACAGUCUUAAUCAUCUUGUUGUUUUGCAGGAAGAAUUCAACUAUACAUUCCAUUUUAGAUCAGAUGCUUUGCUUUGAAACUAGCCCUGACCAUACUGCAGAAAAGACUACUGAAAUAUUCCACAGCACAAAAUCAUGGUCCGUUUGAGCAUUUCCCAGCAAAGGCACAAAAUCAGAAGUCCUGUUGUGUUAUAAGAAAAAGCACAAUAACAAGGUGAAAUUCCAAAAUAAGAAAUGUUAAAUGUCUAAAUAUCGCCAUUAUAGUGCGUCUACUUAUAUUCGCAUCGCUUUGUAUGCUUGGAGGUGGGGUUGUGUAAAUCCUAUCCUACUUACUUGUUGACACCCAUUUUUUUCUGCCGUAGUCAUAUAUUUACCAAUUACAAUAUUAUGUUGAGGACAUGUGUAGUCCUCCCUACAUAUGACUUCCCUCUGAUCGUUUUUACAGUUUUGUCUGGGGGAAGGUUACUCACUGAAUUUUUUAAACAGUUCCCAACCCCCCCCAUCUCCUGUGACCAUGCUAAACUUAACCAGUGUUUUUUUUAAGGAGCACCAUUGUUCAUUGUCUUUAUUUACUCGUCAGUCGACCGGUCAGAAAACUAUUUAUUUUACACACUUAAACAGAAUGGAAGAGUAUCUGCUUUUGUCUGUUGGUUCUUUUGACCUCCCUGGAAAAUAUUUCCUCUCAGCCUGAUGUCCUACGGUGGGACAGAAUUUUGCCGAAAAUCACCUUUUUUGUUAUCAAUAAAGUGGUUCUUAUGGGGGGGGGGGGGGGGGGGGGGGGUGUUAGAUCUAUGCCCAUUAUGAACAUUAGAAUGACUAUAGAUUGAAUAAAUGGUGCUCAGUUUGUGUGUUUACUUUUCUCAAUGAACUGAGGUCCCUUUUCUGUUCAGAGAGUUUUGGGACAUUCUCUUUGAGACUUGGUUAAAUCUCCAAACUGGGACAUUUUUCUCUGUUGAGAGUGUUUUAAAUAUAAACUACAUGAAUUGUGACUGAAAUCCGCCAACUUUGGUCUGCUUUUUAAAGCACAGUACAAUGUAUUUGUUGUUUGUUGUCUUUCAGACUGUCUUUAGUAAAUUUGCCCAAUCUUUGUGUUUGGGGUUGAAAGGGUUAGAAGAACAUUAGGAAUGGCCUCUAUAACAUGUCAAGUAGAAUCAACAGGUAUAAACAUUUUACUGUUGCAGUUUAAUUGAAGAAAACAUGCUGCAAUAUUACUGUAAUCAUAGGUCAUUUGUCAUUGUGCCCAUUAUCAUCGCAAGACCAUUGCAGCAUAUCAGUAAUCACAUAGAGGGUAAAUUGUAUUUGUCUCUCCAACAAGACCUUUCUUGAAAUGACUAAUGGUUUGGAUCUUAUUGUAGUGGGCAAAAUAAUAACCAGUGCCUAAUUUUCCUUCCAGACAAAAUAUUGUUGUACUGGUUUAUUCCUUGUGAAUUAAACCCAUGGGACUGCCUAGUGCACAAUUGUUUUAGUUAUUAACAUUUAAAGUCCCUAUCAAGCUAACCAUGCAGUGAUCAUCUAUACAAAGUUUCACUGCUCAAGUGUUGGGGACCAUGUUUUUUACCUUUGAAAUGGCCCUUUACAUUGUGUGCUCACUUCCCUCAGAGUGAAGGAGGCUCCUGGGUUUUGUAAAGGGUUGAAUAUAUAUAUCGGUGAAACGUUUAUAAUUGGGCUUUGCUUUGAUUAGCAUUCUGUUUGUUUGGGUCAGUUUGAAUAAUGAGAAGACACUAACUGCCACUUGCGAAAAAGCAAAAUAGACCAACAGAACCGAGAUGGAAAGAAAAGUAAGACCUACCCCUACUGGUGGUGGGUUCUGAACUAACUACCCACUGAUCUGUGUUUGCAAGUGGUCUGUCUAAAAGAAAAGGUUACAAGUCUAAGGCAGUCCUUGCUGUUCUUGGAACAUCUUGAGGCUGUGAGCUAACAGAUUGCCUUGUGCUGAUAUAUAAAUGUAACUACAGGGGAGUCUGCUUAAACCGAACCCGCUACAUCGGAAAGUGGGAAAACUGAAAGAAAACAAAAUCCCUGAUCUGUCUCUUCUUCUAUUCAAGCAAUUUUUCUAAAUCGAAAACCCGAAUAAACUUAAGAAAAUAUGGCGGUUCCGUAAAUUUUGGUUAAAGUAGACUCCACUAUUUGUUGGUUUGAUUGAACUGCUGAAGUUCUCCAAAUUUUUUUCUACUCAACCCGGUGUCCUGAUGGUGGACCAAGUCCCCUGCCUUUGAAAAAAAUCUUUUAUAGCUUUGUUCCUACUUAAGGGCAUUAAUCUUCAACAAAUAAAGCAAAAACUUUUGUAGAUACAGGGCUAAAUGUGUUGAGAUUCAUGUCGGAAAAGGAAUGUUUUUUCAGCUAUGUUGCUGGUUUAUUUUGUUCAGUCAAAUUUUCAUGUGUUUGUUUUGGAUGUGCUGUUUAUAACUUGUUGCAUCUUGUGUUCUUCUGACAAGAAUUUGCCUGGCUUAUAUCAAGGGAGACAGAAACAUACUUGAAUGACAAGCAACACACCAAAUGGAAAUACUGCAGCACAUCGCAAACGCAUAUAUUUACCUUCUUAUUUCACUUUUGUUUUGCAGUUAUAAAAAAAAUCUUGGCAGUAUGAUUUGAAUCUUUGCAUCAUAUUAUAAUUUGCUUUAGAUACUUUUAGUUAGCAGCCUUGUGAUUCAUAUAUCUGUUCCUUGCUACUUUUGUUACUUGAAGUGGACUUUUUGUAAUUAUCUUCUCGGAAAACCUGUAUUUAUAUAAUUCUUUUCUUAGGGUAUUUAUAAAACUAUGUUUUUAUAGGACUAUUUUGUGACAAUGUAUUGUUUUCUUUAAGACUUUGUGAGAGAUUUAAUGUCUGCCUUUCAGUAUUGGGGAGAGGACACAGAGCAAUAGAUCAGUUUGGAAAGGUUUGAUUUCCUUUCCGCUUUCUUUUAAAGCUUUUCUGUAAAGAUAAGAUGUGCUGCCUGGAAGAUUUUCACAGCAAUGGGGUCCAGUCUUUUUUAUAUUUUUUUUUUGGCUAUUGUCUUUGUUGUUGUUACUGUUGUUGUUGAACUUCUUGAGCUGACAUAAUGUACUAUGACAUUGUUGUGAACUGUCCUGCUUGCCUGUACAGAGAUGUACUACACACCGUGUGUCUAAAUACUGUCCUGCUGUGAAGCGUUUUUGCUGUUUGCCUCAAGUUCCUGUGGCUUAUGUUGUUGCUCCAGUGAUCGCUUUUCUGUGGGACCCCCAACUGAUAUUUUCUCCCUCAGUUAAUGUGAACAACAGUGUUUUUGGACUGUACACUAAUGCAUGAUGUGACAAUAUUUGUCAAGUUAACAGUUUGCCGCUCAGACAUACUACGGUCGCUUCUAUUCAAACUCUGACAAAGAAUUAUGUCUGUAGUAUUUCAGGGUGGGGAAUCUAUGGACGGCUACAUGGCAGAACUCAUUAUAUACCAAAAUUGUGUCUAAAGACGUGUUCCUUAUUGACCUUUUACCUCCGAGCCACUUUUGCAAAAUUAGUUUUCUUUGUGAAAAAACUUGUCUCAAAUUGCCUCCACUGUGUUUGGAACCUUUGUUUCAAUUUAUCUGCACUUUUUGUGUGAAUUCCAGUUCUUCAAGUUUCCAUCAGUUCAAGAUUUUGGGGUAUUGUGGGUUUAGCCAUGGAGCCAUCAUCUUUUCUGUUGCACUAAUUUCUUUCUUUUCUAGACAAAUAAAACUAUUUAUUUCAAUA